AGCUAAACGACGAGUGAUUAGUACACAUGAAACUGGAGAUUUACAACAAAAUAACUCGAAAUAUGACGCUGGAGAAAUACUAGACUGACGCUCAAAUAGAUCUCAUCUUUCCGCUUACGGAGGAUGGCUGAUUCCCAGAUAGAUGACCCAAAAAUCGCUUUUGCGUAUCUCCGCCGCCCCUGCGUGCUACUGACAAAAGAACCCACCCUCUCCAACGUAGAGGCUCUGAGCGGCCACCUGCGUGCCGUCAGCGAUGGAGCCCUCCAGGUGCUCCAGGAUUAUGUGCUCUUCCCUCUGCGUUUUGUCCUCAAGACUCCUGGGCCCAAGCGGGAGGGCCUCAUCCAGGCUGUCCUGGAGACCGUGGCUUAUGUUCUCGGCAGCACCUGUGUUCGAAGCUGGGAGUCCGUGCGUGACCUCUUUUCUGAGCUGUGCCUUUGCCUGUGCUCCCCCACCGACCCGGGAAAGCCGGCGCCGACCUCCGAGGAGCUGAAGCUGGCGGUGCUGCACUGCCUGGACACCCUCAUGCACUCUGCAUAUGGGGAUGUGGUCUUUAGAUUGUACGAGCCCACUAUGCUUCCCGGACUGGGAGCCGCCGUAUCCCUACUCCUGGCUCUGGCUGAGGAGGAGAAAGCCAGAGGGGUGCAGGCGGCAGCUCUGGGGUGCCUCCUUUCUCUUUUCCUGCAGUGCGACUGUCCAAAAAUGCAUGUAAAGGCAAAGGACGAGGAUAAGCGUGCGCUUGGUAGUGUGCUGGCCACAUUCCUGCCUGGAAUCAUUCGUGCUUUGAGUCAUGUGAUUAGUGGAGAUGUAAGACAGGGGCAUAAGGUUACUGUGAAAGCCAUGAGAGUUUGGUACCGGACAGUGGGACUGAUUAUGGCUGACAACCAGCUCCCAAAUACUGAAAUGGAGAAAGUAGAGUCUGUGCAGCUUGGCAGGGUUGGAGAGCUGAUGGUGAAAAGGACCCCUUCUUGGAGAAAGGCUACAUCUAAAAGACUCAUGUUGGCGUUGCAGAAGGUAAUCUCGUUUACCUCUGCGCACCAGCACUGGAGAGUAAGACUUGAACUGGUCUGCCUCUCCGACCAUCUCCUCUCCACCUGCAGUAAGUCUCUACCCGAAUGUGUUGGCCCCCUCCUAGAGGCGCUGGUCGGCACAGUCAACGAUGAGGAGCCCAGAGUUAAAGAGAGGUGUGGUGGAGUGCUUGACGAAGUAGCCAGGAGAAACCAAGCAGCAGGGGACCGGACCCUUACGGACGUCCUCUCGGAGAACUUGCAUGGCUUGGCAUCGGCACUGCCACGGCUCAUGAGAACUACGGAUGACAAGCGUAAGCUGUUUUUGCUCGGUGCCUUCCUGGGGUACCUAAAGGUCCUGGGCCCCCGGGUGGACUCGGUGCUCACAUCAGCGGUACAUCUGAACCGCAUCUCCAAGGCGCUGAUGCAAGUGCUGGAGUUGGAUGUCAUGGAUGUGAGGAUUGUAGAAGAAAGGAGUUUUGCACCCUUGGCAGACCUGGGGCCUGAUACUGACGAAGCACAGUACCAGAGGAAAUGCUUCCUCUAUUUUACAGAUGACAAAAUCUUCUCGGCAUUGAAGCAUAUUUGCCGGAUGCUGGGUUACUAUGGAAACCUCUACCUAAUUGUGGACCAUUUCCUGGAGCUCUACAAGGAGUCGUCAGUUUAUCGUAAACAAGCUGCACUGGUUCUCAAUGAGAUCAUCACUGGGGCAGCAGGAGCUGGCAUGGAAACAGUAAACCAUACACAGUAUUCUAGAAUAAAUCAGGAGGACCUGAAAUGUGUUAUCCUGUCUGUCAUAGAGGAGUACAUAAGUAUGAAUAAUUGGCAUCUCCCCACUGCCUCGGAGGACUCUGACCACGAGCUGCAGGAGAAACUUCAGUCUCCAGUCCUCUCUGUUUUGACUAGCCAUGAAGGUAAUGGGCUGCAGCUGUUUCCCACCUCCACUGCUGGCCCCAAGCCUCCAACGCUUCACCAGCUGAAUGGCAACAUCUGGCAGAUCUGCAUCCAGCUGGAGGGGGUUGGCUCCUUUGCGUCGGCUCUGGGCACCAACUUCCGCCCGCUGCUGAUGACCUCACUCUACCCAGUGCUGGAGAAGGCAGGGGACGACUCGCUGUUGGUCAGUCAAUCGGCUCUCAGUACCAUGCGCGCCCUUUGCAUGGCCUGCGAUUACCACUCACCCAAGGAGCUGGUUAUCAGCAACGCCGACUAUCUGCUCAACGACGUCUCUCUGAACCUUGGCAGGCCUGCCAUUCAGCCUCACGCCCCACGAGUCCUCACGGUCAUGUUUGCUCAUUCAGACGCCAGUCUGCUGCCCCUAGUGGCUGACGUGGUUCAGGACGUGUUAAUGGCACUGGAUAUGAGCUAUGACCGGAGAUCCCUGCAGUUGUGCACUGUGCUCCAUUCACUCAUGAAGGCUCUAGUGAGAUGGUUUCCUGCCAGUUAUAGAGACCGAAGGCAGUCUUCGCCAGUCAGCCCUCACGUCCAGGACCCCAGGCCGCUGGACCUGCGGCAGUUUCUGCUGGACUACAGGAAGCAGAAGGACCUGGCUGAGGGGAUUGGCGCUGAACAGGAGGACCCAGACAUCACAGAGAUACCCCCAGCACCGGUGGCCCAUGACGAGGAGGAAGAGGAGGACGAAAGCCCCGAUGUGAAGCCAGAACUGCCCGCGCACGUGUCUGUGGCCAAGGACGUGAUGGAGCGCUGCAUCCACUUGCUCUCCGACCCCAGCAUGAGGGUUCGGCUGAAGGUGUUGGACAUCAUGGAACUCUGUGUGUGCGUGCUGUGUGAGGCAGAGAAUGAGCUUUUGCCCAUGGUGCACCGCUGCUGGCCUGCACUUCUGCAGCGCCUUACCAAUGACGAUCCGCUGGCUAUCCCUAGAGCUUUCAGGGUGCUGUGUGUGCUGGGCGAGACAUGCGGAGACUUCCUGAGGAGACGAGUGUCUAAAGAAGUCCUACCCAGGCUGACAUCCUCGCUCGCGAGGCAGGCGGAGAGCAGCGCCCGUGCCGGACCUGUCUACACCCACAUGCUGGCCUACAAGCUGCAGCUGGCUGUGCUGCAGGGCCUGGGGCCCCUGUGCAUGCAUCUGGACCUGGUCGAUUCUGAUCUGGACCACAUCACUGAGGCCUGUCUCCCCUACCUGAGCAGCAGACAGCCAAUCAGACUCCAGGAGGCUUGCCUAAGUGUUUUCCGGCACCUGAUGCUCGUGGACCCGGACAGGUGCUGGUUCGCGCUGAGCGAAGUGUGCUGUCCCGCGCCGUAUGAUCCGCCCCACGCGCGCCUGCUCCCCGUGCGUCUGAACGGAACGGGCAAACCGAGGAAUGAACUCACGGACAACGUGCUCGAGCUCUUGCGCGAGCUCUGCCCAUCCCCGGCAGCACGGGGAUCUCUCUGAAGCGCUGGACGCUUGGGCAUUUUCCUUUCAAAGAUGCUAAAAGUGGAAAACAAGCAUUUGCAGGUGAAGUGUUUCUUUAGCAUGAAGUGUGUGGAAGAAUUCGGUCUGCUGCUGGGUGAUAUAUAAGACUUAAAACGUGCAAUGUCUGGAAACUUAUGGGAAGACCUGUGCUCUGUGAAACAGAAUUUAACUGAACACAGACAUUUUAGCACGUCAGUAGAAAGAAUGUUUUUGUUGUCUCGUUUCUCCUUUUUACGUGUUGUUUCCGUUUUUAAUAAACAUCCAAACGUUUUGGAGCAGA